UCCCCGCCAUUUGUAAUUUGUGUAAUCUCCAUUACUUGCUCUAUCUACCCUUCAGUCUCUCUCUAGGGCUUAUUCUUUCAAAAAUUCCCAAUUUCUUCAACCUCUUUCUCUCUCCUCUCAAGCCCUAAAUUACGGAAAUUCAACCUCCACAUUCGAUCGAUUUCAGCAAAUUGAUGAUCAAAUUUUACUUCACUUUGCUAUAAUUAAUUGAAAAAUGAGCAACAACCCUAGCGAUUGGAGCCAAAGAGGCAUCACACUCUCCAAUACUCUACACUCGGAGGUUGCUCCAUGCUUGCCGCUGCCGUCUCUUCCGCCGUUCUGCGGUGCUUCCGAUGAGCACCUUCGGCUGUUCGAUGACCAGCUCCCUCGGCUGUUGAACCGCCGUGAUAUUCUUGCUCAGGCUUCCAAAAUCGCUGAUCUCCUUCUUCAUACUGAUGUCUCUUACUUGAAUCUUAAGAAUGAUGUGAGUUCAGUUUCUGGUUCUACAAUGGCGCAUAUGGAUCUUUGCGAGGAGGUUCUUAGAUACAGUCAUGGCGCCUUUGAGUGUACACUUCCAGGUCCUCUUGAAGAGCGAAUCUCUAAUGUGGAGUCUGAUCAGGACAAUUAUCAGAAGAAUGAACAUGUUUCCAGUCAAGUUGACGGAGGCCAUGGAGAAAACUGCGAUCAUCAGCAUGCUCUUGUUGUUGAUGAUGCACCUUCAUCAUCAAAAAGAACUAGAAUUAAAAAGAAAGGAAGCCAGGGAGUGUCAUCUUUUGCUUUGCCAGAUGUCGGUGAACAGCGAGAUGCUAUGGUCGGGCGAUUCUGUGAUUUUUUGGAGGACUUUUGUAGUAGGGCUGAAAUUCCUGGUGAAGAGCAAGAUGAAUCAGAGUGGUUGCUGUUGCCUACCUCUGACAUUCGUAUGGUUGUGAAGGAAAUAUUGUCUAUCCAAGAAGAGAACAUGCUACACCGAGUUCCUGUAGGUUUUCUUGUGAAACUACUGAAGGUUUUAGACCAUCAGAUUCAUCGUGCUGAAGGCCUAUCAAUUGAUGAAUGUGAAAAUUCAGACUCUGAUGUUUCAUCGAUUCUUUGCGCUUUGGAGUCUAUUCAUGCUGCUUUGGCUGUAAUGGCUUUUAAUGACAUGCCAAAACAACUAUAUAAGGAAGAGAUUAUUGAGAGAAUACUCGAGUUCACUAGACGACAGGUCAUGGAUGUAAUGUCAGCUUGUGAUCCUUCGUAUCGUGCUUUGCAUAGACCUGGUGAUAACAGAGCUGCUGAAGGGGAAGAUGACCAAGAUGCUGAGGCCGAGUUUGGUUCUGCAAGCAAAAGACGGCGUACAAGUAAGACUGUGAAAGUGAAAAGAACUGUGGCAAACAGGAUUCCAGCUGCUGUGAACACCGUGUUUCAAAAGCUUUGUACUAUCCUUGGUCUUCUGAAGGACCUCUUGUUAUUGGAACGCCUCUCAGACAGCUGUAUCUUGCAGCUUGUCAAAACGUGCUUGUCAACAUUUUUGGUUGACAAUAUUCAACUAUUGCAAAUGAAGGCUAUGAGCCUGAUCAGUGGGAUUUUUUAUUCGUACACACAGCAUAGGACUUAUGUUGUUGAUGAAGUUAUUCAACUUCUCUGGAAGCUGCCAUUCUCAAAACGAGCUGCCAGAGUGUAUCAUUUACCAGAUGAAGAGCAGAAACAGAUUCAAAUGAUUACUGCUUUAUUGCUUCAGUUGGUUCUCCACAGUGCUAAUCUUCCUGAAGCUUUAAGGCAAAAAUCAAACAAUAGUGCCAUCUUUGAAACUAUAAUUGAAACAAACUACCUGAUUAAAUGCAACGAGGCAGCCACAGAGACAUGUGUUUCAUUCUGGACACAUGUUCUUGAGCGGCUUACAAGUAAAGGCCAGGAGGCAUCUGAAGUGAAGGUGAUAUUGGAGAAUCUUGUGGUGGAUUUGUUAACUACAUUGACUCUACCAGAGUACCCUGCUGCUUCCCUCAUUUUAGAAGUUCUAUGUGUCUUGUUGCUUCAGAAUGCUGGUCCGAAAUCAAAAGAUGUUUCUAUACGCUCUCUGGCCAUUGAUAUUCUUGGUACAAUCGCUGCACGGUUGAAGCAGGAGUCUGUUCUUUGCCAUAGGGAUAACUUUUGGGUAGUGCAGGAGCUGGUAGGUGGGGAAAAUGUAAAUGAGAAUGAACAGACCGAUGCAUGUUCUGUUUGCUUGGAUGGAGUAGUUGAAAAAGCUCUUGUGGUAUGUCAAGGCUGUCAGAGACCAUUUCAUCCUGAUUGUAUGGGGGUCAGAGAACAUGACAUCUCUGGACGUAGUUGGCAGUGCCCUUGCUGUCUCUGCAGGAAACAACUUCUAGUGUUACAAUCAUACUGCACAUCACAGCUCAAGGAUGAUAGCAAAAAGAAUCGUAACCGUUCAGAAAAUUCGCCUGAUGAGUGUGCUUCAAAAAUGGAGAUCGUUCAACAGAUGCUUCUUAAUUACCUUGAGGACACAGGGUCUUCUGAUGAUCUUCAUCUCUUUGCCCGCUGGUUAUAUCUAUGCCUCUGGUACAAAGAUGAUCCAAAAUCUAAGCAGCUGUUCAGCUAUCGCAUUGCCAGAUUGAAAUCGAAAGCGGUUAUUCGUGAUUCAGGGGCCUUGUCAUCGUUGUUAACCAGAGAUUUCAUUAAAAAGAUAACGUUGUGUCUAGGACAGCAUAAUUCAUUUUCCAGAGGAUUUGAUACUAUUCUUGGCAUGCUUCUGGUUAGUCUACGAGACAAUUCACCUGUAAUCAGGGCUAAGUCAUUGCGUGCUGUUAGUAUAAUUGUAGAAGCUGAUCCUGAAGUCUUGCGCGAUAAGCGUGUUCAACUUGCUGUCGAAGGAAGGUUUUGUGAUUCUGCAAUAUCUGUCAGAGAAGCUGCUUUGGAACUUGUUGGAAGGCAUAUUGCAUCUCAUCCUGAUGUUGGUUUGCAAUAUUUUGAAAAGGUUGCUGAGAGAAUUAAAGACACUGGGGUAAGUGUACGGAAACGAGCAAUCAAAAUUAUUCGAGACAUGUGUACAUCAAAUGCUGAUUUUUUGGAAUCUGCACAUGCUUGCAUUGAGAUCAUUUCUCGUAUCAGUGAUGAAGAAACAAGUAUUCAGGAUCUUGUUUGCAAAACAUUUUACGAGUUCUGGUUUGAAGAACCUACUGGGAGACAAUAUUUUGGAGAUGAUAGUUCUGUGCCAUUGGAGGUGGCUAGGAAGACUGAACAGAUAGUUAAUAUGUUAAGGAAGAUGCCUAAUCAUCAACCUCUUGUCACUGUUAUCAAACACAAUUUGGCUCUUGAUUUCUUGCCUCAGUCGAAGGGAACCGGGGUUAAUCCUGUAUUACUGGCAACAGUGCGCAAGCGUUGUGAAAUGAUGUGCAAAUUUUCACUGGAAAGAAUUUUGCAGGUAGAGGAAAUGAACACUGAAGAAGGUGAGUUGCGGAUACUUCCUUAUGUGACGGUUUUGCAUGCUUUUUGUGUUGUGGAUCCGUCACUCUGUGCACCUGCUUCCAAUCCUUCCCAGUUUGUUGUCACACUGCAGCCGUAUCUUAAGAAUCAGGUUGAUAAUCGAGUUAUGGCACAACUUUUGGAGAGUGUCAUAUUUAUAAUCGACGCUGUUCUCCCUCUACUGCGGAAGUUGCCUCAAAGUGUUGUUGAAGAACUCGAGCAGGAUCUGAAGCAGAUGAUUGUUCGUCAUUCCUUUUUGACAGUUGUACAUGCUUGCAUCAAGUGCCUGUGCUCUUUGAAUAAAAUUGCUGGUGGAAAAGGAGCAAGGUUAAUACAGUUUCUUAUUCAGGUGUUCGUUAAACGUUUGGAUGCCCUUGGUGUUGAUAACAAACAGCAGGUGGGCAGAUCUUUGUUCUGUCUCGGGCUUCUAAUUCGCUAUGGUAGCACCCUUUUGAGUGAAUCUAAUGACGGUGUCGAUCUUGGUAGCAAUAUCAGAUUGUUUAAGAAGUAUCUUGUUGCUGAUGAUUUUGGUAUAAAGGUCAGAGCUCUACAGGCACUGGGCUUUGUUUUGAUUGCUAGACCUGAAUAUAUGUUGGAGAAGGAUAUUGGAAAAAUUUUAGCAGAAACGCUGGCUUCCAGCUGUGAUGCUCGUCUUAAGCUGCAAGCCUUGCAAAAUAUGUACGAUUAUCUCCUUGACGCUGAAAGUCAGUUGGGGUCAGAUACAGUGGAAGAUAACGUGGUUGACUGCUCUGAGGAUGGUGGUUCUGUCGUGCCUGUAGCUGCAGGUGCUGGUGAUACUAACAUUUGUGGUGGAAUAGUGCAACUUUAUUGGAACCAUAUCUUGGAAAGAUGUUUGGACACAAAUGAACAAAUUCGGCAAUCUAGCCUGAAGAUUGUGGAGGUUGCUCUGCGCCAAGGUCUUGUACACCCAAUUACUUGUGUCCCGUAUCUCAUUGCCCUGGAAACAGAUCCUUUGGAGGUGAACUCAAAGUUGGCGCAUCAUCUGCUAAUGAAUAUGAACGAGAAGUAUCCAGCCUUCUUUGAGAGCCGUCUGGGUGAUGGGCUGCAGUUGUCAUUUAACUUCAUACAAUCAAUGAGCGAGAAUUCUGUAAAUUUGAAUUCUAAAACCGAAGUCAAGGUUGCUGAAAAUUUGAAGGGAAAAUACGAGGAUGCAUCGUUUGCUAAUGCGAGAAUAGGAGUUUCUCGUAUAUACAAGCUCAUACGCGGAAACCGUGUUUCUAGAAAUAAGUUCAUGUCUUCAGUUAUUCGCAAAUUUGAUAAUCCGUGCUGGAGGGGGAAAGUUGUCCCUUUCUUGAUGUAUUGCGCGGAAAUCCUUGCUUUGCUCCCUUUCACAGCUCCUGAUGAGCCCCUUUACUUGGUUUACACCAUAAACAGAGUGGUACAAGUUAGAUCUGGAACACUGGAAGCAAAUCUAAAAGCAUUCAGUUCUCAUUUCUCCCAGCGAAGUUCACAAAAGGAUAUGACAGAAAAUGGGAGUAUUUGUAAAGAGUUACCUGUUGAUUCUCUUUCUGCUUCUUCUGUAACUUUUGAGUUAAAUGGUCAAGUUCAGUUGCCUGAGGAUGGGCAUUUUCAUUGUACGUCGAAGGAAGAAAAUGUGCACACGAGAAACAUUGGACCUCGUUUGCUCACAGAAGAUGAUCAGCAGAGAAUACAGGCUGUCUGUCUUGCAGCUACUGCUCUUCAGCUUCUCUUAAAGCUGAAGAGGCACUUGAAGAUUGUUUACAAUUUAGAUGAUGUCCGAUGCCAAGCAUUUUCUCCUGCCGAACCUCCCAAAUCGGGGGAGGCUCUUUCCAGACAGAAUAUUCCUUUUAACAUUGGUGUCACAAAUACCAAUUUGCCUUCAACUUGUGAAGAGUUGACCCAAACAUAUCAGGAAUUCAAGAAUGCAUUGAGGGAAGAUACGGUUGACUACUCAACCUACACGGCAAACAUCAAGAAGAAACGCCCACCCUCUCGAAGAGGAGGCAAGCCAAGAAUGGUGUGUAGGGAGGAUGAGGAUUGUGAAGAUGAUGAUGAAGAUUGGACAGGCGGAGGGCGGAGGUAUUAUAGUGUCCGACAAAGCAACGGUGUUAGAGGAAGCAGGCGGUUAUAGUUGUACAUAGCAGGUAGGUUAACUUGUACAGUUUUGUAGCACAGAUGCAAAGAAAAAUACACAAGCACGAAGGAGAGUCGGGUUUGCGGAAACAGAGGUCCAAAGAAUAGGGAUGGAAUCUAAAGUAUAUUGGCUUGGGCUUUCAGCUGCUGCCUUGAUCUUGUAACUUGGUUAUCAAAUCAUAAAAUGGUAUAUUACUUUGUAGAAAUUUAACCAUAUUGGCCCCAGGCUUGUUGAUAAAUGGAUAGGCUAGGUUUACUCCUAUUUUUUGUAUCUUGGGGUUUGCCUUUACUUUUAAGUUGGGCGAUAAUUGUAAAGGACAUUAAGAUAGGGUGGACAUGUAUAUCGGAACUUAAUCAAGUUAGUUUCAUUUAGUGGAAUGUAAAUAUUAGCUUCCAUGUGA